AUGCAGGGUCCGACAGCCUGGACUUGCGGUCAUCAAAUUCCACGCAUUAUGCCACCGUGCAUGCCGGUCUGGGACGAUGAUAGCAUCACACCGGCAGGGGUUGUCCUCGCUGGAGGGGAACACGACUGCCCGGCGAAAGCUCGGACCACCAUUUUGGCCAGUCAACCCAAACCAGCCUUGGAGCUUCGUAUCACCACCUUGGCCCCCAGCCUUGACCCACGAACAUUGGACAGACAGAGCAAUAUACCAACGUCACAAUGUCCUCCCGUUAUCGGUCGACCUCUCGUCCCCGGGACGACGACCGUUCGCCAUCCAGAGAUCGAUCGCCUACCCCGCGCCACGACCGUUCCAGAUCCCCCAGACGAAGCCCUUCGCGCAGUCCCUCCCGCGGCUCCCGCUCCCCCUCACCGCGCCGGAAUGGCAGAUACCGUGAUAGCCGGAGCCCAAGCAGGAGUAGGAGUCGAGACAGGGAGAGUCGAGGCAGGAGCCGUACGCGCAGCGUCACACCAGCCACGCGUAGCACCAAGACCAAAAUGCGGACAGGUUGUCGUUGAGCGCCUGACCAAGAACGUCAACGAGGGGCACCUACGAGACAUUUUCGGCCAGUAUGGCGAAAUCGAGGACCUCGACCUGCCCAUGAACCGUAACUUCAACACCAACCGCGGCACAGCCUAUAUACUAUACGUCCACGAGGCCGACGCGGAAUCUGCCAUCGCCCACAUGCACGAGGCGCGCAUCGACGGCGCCACCAUCAACGUCUCCAUCGUCCUGCCCAAGCGCAAGUUCUCGCCCGAGCCCCCAACGGCCCGCCGCGGCGCAAAUUUUGACCCCAGGGGCCCCCCGCCUGCAUUUAGACCAGGUGGAGGAGGCCCGGGACCCUUUGGAGGUGGCGGAGGCAGGGGCCGCGGCCCCCCCGGUGGCGGAGCCGGUGGUGGAGGUCGCUUCGGCCCACGAUCCGAUACUUGGCGCCCGCAAUCGCGUUCUAGAAGCAGGUCCCGAUCGCCAGUGGGUGAAGGCAGGACCAGAAGAGUGUUGUCAAAUCCAACUCUCGGUCAUGUCGAGAUUCCGACCGGUCCCGGUCGGCCAGAUGGUCUCGCUUGGCGGCUUCGACUGAUCUGCAUAAGCACCGCUAGAAUUGUUACAUCCACCUUGACUCAAGCAGUCACUAUCUCUAUCACGUUUCACGAAACACCUGCCAAAUUUACCAACAAAGGCAAACAAACAGCCUCCAUGGCCACUGCCCCGUCCCCGCUUCCCCGACGCGUCGUCGAGUCGAACCAGGCAGCUCCCCUGCCUCGUGAUGGGUCUGUCACCGAGCCAGGCGUCGACAUCGAGGUGCAGGAACUCGAGCCGGUCUCCGAGUUUGGAGGCAUCUUGGCGCGAGCCCGCAUUGCCACGCACGACACCAUUCCGGCCGUAAUCGAAGCAGGCCCCUCCGUCGAACUUGUCCAUGUCCCCGGGGUCGUGCACCCGGGUGGAGCUCACAUCUACUAUCUGGACCUUGCUCCCAGGGCUGAGACGCCUAUGCAUCGUACCGAGUCCGUCGACUACAUCGUCGUGCUCAAGGGACUUCUGACUGUUGUCACGCCCCCAAGGGCCUUCUCCGUAUCAGACGGCAAGGGUGGAUUUGAAUCAGUCGAGACUGUCGUUCGAGAAGGAGAUGUGCUGGUUCAGCGUGGGGCGAUGCACCGGGACAUCUACACGGGGUUCCAGGUUGCUGGGAACCUCUUUUAG